AUGCAGAAAUCGUGCAAAAGCGCGCCUGACAGCAACGACUUCAUGAAACCGGAAAAGUCCAAAUGCACCCUCGUCAUGCGUGGCACAACGGCUUAUGCGCAGUUACGAAAGCAUCUGAGAAACGGUACUCAGGUUGUCUUCUCUGUUGAGCUGACAAAUGCCCGUGAAAAGACAAUCAUCUACAACGAACGUGCGAUAGAUGUCGACGUGAGGUCAGUCUUCAUGGACUAUGACCCUUGGUUGCAGUAUCUUCCACCCUGGGACGAUGAGGAAGAUGUCGGCAUCGACGGCCAAGAUGAUGAUCAUGAUGGCUACGACUAUGGCAACAGCUAUGGCGAUAAUAAUGGCUACGAUUUCGAAGAAAGAGAUUCCUCGGGCGAUCUAGGUAUCUUGGUUCACGAGGAUGCCCGAAUGGAAGUCACUUUACUUGAAAUUGCUCAUCUCAAAAACAAGCGGAACGUUUCUGAGUACGCAGUGGUUUUCAUGAUAUUGAAGAGAGAGGGACAAGUCCGUGGUGAUGCUGGUCACGAAUAUGAGCGUCUUGGUCUCAUAUUUGCGUGGUUCGACAUGGAAGAGAAAUUCAUCACAGGUUUCAAUAAUGCCACGAUGAAUCAGCCGAUGCAAAUUUGUAGCAUUGUGUAG